CGGCCGCUGGAGGGCGCCGGCAGUCGGCUGGGGCUGCAAGCUGAUUGGCUCCUCUGGAAAGCCGCAGGGCGCGAGCAAGGGUAGUAGUAGGGUCUGCGCGAGCUUUUCAGUUUGUGUCAAGGCUGUGCCAAGAUAACUCCCAGAUUUCUUCUUUAACAGCAGCCCCUCUUCAAUUCAAGGAGCGCGCCAUCUGACUGAGAUUAAGUGUUUGGACGCUCAACGAAGAUUCUCUGAAGUCUGCUUUUGGAAUCAAAGAGCAUGGAUCCCAGCAGUGACUACCAUUUCCUCAACCACAUUUUGUGGAGAAGAGUGAAACUCACAUUGGUUUCUGGCAUCUUCGAGGGCGUGCUCCAGCAUGUAGACCCUAACAAGAUUGUUGUCCUAAAACACGUGAAGAAUGUAGAGACAGGCCGGAGUGUCCCAGGAGUGAAGAUGUUUUUUGGGUAUGAGAUUUUGAAUGUGGAACUAAUGGAUGAAGCAGAACAAGGUGCAUCUGGGGAGAAGGCGUCUUCCACUAGCAUGACCGCAGAAAAGGCUGGAAUGGAGAAAAUGAAAGAUGAAGACCUAACAGUGUGUGAGCCUGCGUCACCUCUGCCAGAGGCACCAGCCAGCUCUCUGCUCAGCGACCUCAAAUACUGCCCAUCAGAGGAAGAGGAGGUGACAUACACCGUCGUUGAUCAAUUCCAACAGAAGUUUGGUGCUGCGAUGCUCCACAUCAAGAAGCAGAGUGUCCUGAGUGUGGCUGCAGAAGGAGCCAAUGUGUGUCGCCAUGGGAAACUCUGUUGGCUUCAGGUGGCCACAAACAGCCGAGUUUACUUGUUUGAUAUUUUCCUUCUGGGAAGUCGUGCUUUCAACAAUGGGCUUCAGAUGAUCUUAGAAGACAAGAGAAUCUUAAAGGUCAUCCAUGAUUGUCGAUCGCUGUCUGAUUGCCUGUCUCAUCAGUAUGGCGUCAUGCUGAACAAUGUCUUUGACACACAGGUAGCAGAUGUCCUUCAGUUUUCCAUGGAAACUGGUGGUUUCCUUCCAAACUGUAUCAGUACUUUGCAGGAGAAUUUAAUCAGACACCUUAAAGUUGCCCCCAAAUACCUCUCCUUUUUAGAAGAGAGACAAAGAUUUAUUCAGGAAAAUCCAGAAGUAUGGCUGACACGGCCUCUUCCACCCCCUUUAUUGAAAAUCUUGGCCCUGGAAACAACCUACUUGCUUCCCCUCCGCUUGGUGCUCUUGGAUGAGAUGAUGUUAGAUUUAACCACACUAGUAGACGGGUACCUAAACACCUAUCGAGAAGGUUCUGCAGACCGGCUUGCAGGCACCGAGCCUGCGUGUAUGGAGCUGCCCGAGGAGCUACUUCAACUCAAGGACUUCCAGAAGCAGCGCCGAGAGGCAGCUGCAAAGGAGUACAGAGUGAAUGCGCAGGGCCUCCUCAUCAGAACGGGGCUGCAGCCAAAGAAGCCAGGGGGUCGCACAGCAGGGAAAGACGACCAGAUCAAAGGCUUUUUAUUUUGUAAAACUUCUGGCAUAGACAAAGCUCCACGUUUUCUAUGUCAUGAAUCUGAUAAGGAUGAGAAUUUUUUGGAUAAAGAAUGUAAACAGACUAGAGCAAAGUCUCAUAAUCUGCCUCCCAUGAAGGAGGCCAAAGCCAGCGAGGAGUCCGAAAACAAGCCAGCAGGGCCAGAAGACCCCAGAACCCAGAGAACUCACUCCCUGACUCCCACGCAUGAGUCCCAGGCACAUUUUUCUUUGAAAGAGGAGAUAGAACAGUUGCUAAUGGUAGACAGUAAGAAAGCUGUAAGAAGCUCAGAUGAAGACACUUUGGUGUCUCCUUCUCUUCCUCAGGAAACCUGGGUGGCACCAAGUGACCCCUUCCAUCUUUCUGGAGAGCCUGUGGGUUCUACACUUCCACCCUGCCCAGCCCUGGAGAAGACAGAUCCAUGGAUAAGUCCAUCUCCAAAUCUGUUUUAGGAGUUAAGGUUUCUUGCUGAGUUCAUGAAGGGACUCCUCUACCCUGCCAGCAGAGUUCCUAUUCGUUUCUCCUGGGGUAGGGCGGUUAGGUCUCUGCCACAGGCUUCUGGGAAAAGGGCCUUUGGUUUAGUGUGUCAUCCUGGUGUCUGGAUUCAGGUGGGAGGAAAAAGUGAAAUAAUGGACCAUAUCAAACUUCUGAUUCCGUCGAUAUAUAUAGAAAUGUUCCCAGGAGCCUGAGUGAUUACCUCUCAUAAUUCAGCUUUAGAGAAUCUGGAGAAGUGAACAACGCUUGGGCUCAGUAUCUGGAAGGAUCUAGUUUAGGAACAUUGUGGACAGCUCCUGCGGGUGCUGGGGCUGGUGCAGCCUGCACAGGCCAUGGGUUCAGUCUGCAACAUCACCGAAAAAAAAAAGUUGUAUUUUUAUCUGUUUGCUUGGGUUUGGUUUGGUUUUUUUUGGCCUUUAAAGUGAAGUAAAUAUAAAAACCCUUACUUAUAGUUUAAAAAAUGUAUAUCAUCCAACUUCACCAGUACUUUUCUCCUUAAAAUAUUACUUGAAUUGUGAAUUUUUGUGUAUUGUAUUCUAGCCUGAGAAUAAGUAAUGUCAUUAUAAGGUUCAGUCUCUCAAUUUUCUCUAAAUCUCAUUAGCCUUGAGGUUUUGUUCAUUUUCCUAACAAAGCAGGGUGCGCUGGCUUCUUUGUUAAUCCCUUUGUGGAAAAGUAACAUUUGAGUCAAUUGGGUUUGCAUAGAGCUGUCACAUUUCCUUAGAGUGAAGAAAAACAGCUUGCAAGGAGGGCAUUUUGUGUUGAGUGCUCAGAAAUCACACAUGUAUGUAAAACAACCAAUAAACUUGUUUUGGCAUCAGGA